UGGAUGGUGUUACACGCCGACACGGCUUCGGGACAUAUUGUGCUGUUCGCGGUUGCAACAACUCGUGGCCAUUGCUGAAUGUUUGGUCGGAAGGAGAAUGUUUCGACCAUCAACCAUCUACAAGGCGCCAAUGUGGAUGUGCUCCCCCGUAUGCGUUGUAUGAGAAACCAAAAACAGAUGUUGAAUCUCGGAAGUGGCUAGCGGCUUUGAAGUUGAAGAAUCUGCCCAAAAGACUGUUUGUUUGUUCUUAUCACUUCAUUGAUAAAAAGCCCACAGAGGAAAACCCUUUCCCGGAACUUUGGUUGGGAUACGAGCGACCUCCCCAGCAAAAGAGACGUAAACUCGACAGAAACAUAAGUGACACGCAAUCGGAUGAAGUGUGCAUCGAGCCGAAGUUUAAAGAUGCUGCAACACAAUGGGAGGACCUAACAAAAACUGACCACAGCUACGCGGGAAGUUGGACCACGUGAACAAAUCAACGCAGACUGGGGGUCAGACUGUGGCUGAUGAUAUGCUCCUGGAUGAUGAUACCUCGCUGCUGUACACAGGACUGCGUCUGGUAUAUUUUUUUACUUUGGUGAAAACGAUGUUGCCAUUUAGUAAACCAUCAUGUAGUAUUCCUGUUGUUGACCAAAUACUGAUGACCCUCAUGAAACUGAAACUGAACCUUGUGUUAGGGGAUGUGGCAAAGCGCUUUAAAGUGUCUAAAGGUGAAGCAAGUAAGGUGAUUGCUCACUGGAUUGAUACAUUGGGUGAGCAGCUUGAACCCAUGGUUGCCUGGCUGCCAAGAAGUGUUAUACGUGCUAACAUGCCACCAUCCUUUAAAAAGAACCACCACCAGACCACUUGCAUCAUCGAUUGUGCUGAAACGGCUAUUCAGAGAGCAACAAACCUUAACUGUAGGAGUGCCACUUUCAGUCAUUACAAGGGAACCAAUACUGCCAAAUAUCUUGUUGCUGUGUCACCUCAUGGGCUGAUAAUGUUUAUAUCAGAGGCCUAUGCUGGUAAAAGCAGUGACAAGUUUAUCACUAUAAACAGUGGGUUUCUGGAGGCCCUAAGGCCUGGUGAUGAGGUAAUGGCUGACAGGGGUUUCACGAUUCAAGAUGUACUACAUGAAAGGAAGGUGAAAUUGAAUAUUCCUGCCUUUACCCACAAGCGUGGUCAAUUGACCAAUGAGGAGGUAACGUGCACUAGACGAGUGGCCAAUGUCCGUAUACAUGUGGAGAAGGCAAUCCGAAGACUUAAAGUCUUCAAAAUUCUGUCCCAAACUGUCCCCAUCUCCAUAACCCCGCGGUUGGACAAGAUUCUUACCAUAUGUGCUGCUUUAGCAAACAUGAGGUCCAGACUCAUCCGACUGCCACAUGAGGUUUAAGUCCCUAUGAAAAGUAAAAC